GAUUCUGCGGUUCGCGCGAACGAUCGUCAUCGUCGGCGCAGCCUGCUACGCGUCGCCUUGGUUGUAUUUGUGAGGCGUCAUUAUCACACCGAACUAGUGCAUCUUGCCCGUGGCUACUUAGUCCGGUGCUCGAUUUGUUGUGUUUAGUCUAAUCGCAACCGUUGAACGCAGCGAACGUGGCUCUCGCUGGAGAAUACCCUUUUAAGUAGAGCACUAAUACAGCCUUAAACGGGGUUUAGCUUUAGCAGAAGAGCAGAGGAAGAUCAAAAGCAAAAAAAGUUGAUUAAUUAUCAAAAAAAAACUGUGUUUCUUUUGCGACGACACGACGACUUUCACCGAACUUUGCACACACAGUGGUUGCUGCGAUCUCGCGAUCUUCGUGCAAAAACGAAAAAAAACUGUUUUAAGGUGGAAGCAGAAUCGCAAAAGUGCGUGCGUGUGCGUUUCACCUUAACCUGUUGCGUCGUCGCGUUCGAAAACAAUAGUUUCGCAGUGUGUGAGGGGAAUUGUGAUUUUUUGUGCCAAAAGGGGAGAACAAAACAAUACCCCACCGACUUCUGGGUGAUAUCACUCGCACGCGGCCUACCUCGAUGAUUCCAAACAGUCAACGUCACCACCGUCACCGCCUGCUGCUGUAAUCUUCUUGCGCUCAGUUCGUUGCGAAGUGUUGUGCUACUAGGUUGGGUUCGGGUGUGUGUUCGGGUGUGGACUAGCGCAGGAGAAUGCCUAUUUGUACGCUACCGACGGUCAGGAUCUACGAGGACUUUGACAAGAUCAGUGCCAAGGAGGUGUACUUCACGGACACCGGGGAUAAGAUUACGGUGAAGCUGCUGCACUUUCCCGAUUUGAGUCCGGAGGAGCAGACCCAGCUGCAGACGAUGUACGACAGUGAGGAGGAGGAGGGCUCGGGGGCGUCGUCGUCGACGACCGUUACGGGAAACUCCGCUCCGUUGGUCGAGGAGACGAGGUUUCGAUCGCGGAAAAAGUCUACGGGUCGGAAGUUUACGAUCGAGCAGCGCAGGAGUAGUGGUGCGUUGAGGAAAAACUCCAAGGAAGAUGUUACGAGCAGUGAUCAGUCGUCCCCUGCACCGGUCACGACUUCAGUUAGAGUUCAGCACCACCAUCAUCCGUACCAUCACCACAGUCAUCAGCAGCUGUACCGGACUCCGGUGGUUCAACAUCCACCGAACGACCACGUGAUCAACGGAACGGGUUCGUCGCUACGCCACGGCCGUCUGCAGAACCACCGGUCACCGUCCCCGAGACAGCAGAACCACAACCAGCAGCAAUCGUCCAGCCUGUGCCCGGGUUACGAACAGUACCAGAUGUCCCUGCUGGAGGUUCCGAUGCCGUGGGACUACGGCGACGCGUCCAGCGAUGACCUCAGCUCCGAGUGGGACUCGGAUGUGCCGGACGUGCGCAACGAGGGGCAGGGACCGAAGCCCUCGGGAUGGCGCAAGUUGCGCAACAUCGUCCAGUGGACGCCGUUCUUCCAGACGUACAAAAAGCAGCGCUACCCGUGGGUCCAGCUCGCCGGCCACCAGGGCAACUUCAAGGCCGGCCCGGACCAGGGCACGGUGCUGAAGAAGCUGUGCCCCAAGGAGGAGAAGUGCUUCAAGGUCCUCAUGAAAGACGUCCUCCGACCGUACGUCCCCGAGUACAAGGGACAGGUGAACAGCGAUGACGGUGAAUCCACCUACAUCCAGCUGCAAGAUCUGCUCAGUGACUUCUACCAGCCGUGCGUGAUGGACUGCAAAAUUGGCGUGCGGACCUACCUGGAGGAGGAGCUGUCCAAAGCCAAAGAGAAGCCGAAACUACGAAAGGACAUGUACGAAAAGAUGAUCCAAAUCGACCAGAACGCCCCGACGGAGGAGGAGCACCGCGCCAAGGGUGUCACCAAGCCGCGCUACAUGGUGUGGCGGGAAACGAUCUCCAGCACCUCGACGCUUGGCUUCCGGAUAGAGGGCAUCAAGAAAAGCGACGGAACCAGCUCCAAGGACUUUAAAACGACCAAAUCCCGCGAGCAGAUUAGCGACGCGUUCCGGGAGUUUGCCGAGGGUUUCCCGCAUGCCCUGCCCAAAUACAUCCAGCGGCUGAAGGCGAUCCGGGCCACGCUCGGCUUCUCCGACUUCUUCAAGCGGCACGAGGUGAUCGGUUCGUCGCUGCUCUUCGUGCACGACCGGCACCACGCCAGCGUGUGGUUGAUCGACUUUGCCAAAACGGUGGUCCUCCCCGAAACGGUCGCCAUCGGGCACGACCGCAAGUGGAGCGUCGGCAACCACGAGGACGGCUACCUGAUCGGCAUCAACAACCUGAUCGAAAUCUUCACCGAAGUGCACGAAGCCCAGCAGCAGACGCUGACCGGCCGAAUACCGCGGCUUUCGUUGCCCGACCUGGGCGAUCUCAGCGCGCACCAUCAACACAACAACAACAACAACAGCGUCAAGCAAGACAACAACCAUCCAAGCAGUCAUGAACAGUUGCCGCAGCAACAGUCACAGCCUCCUCUGGUCGUCGGACUCAACUCGUUGACACUUUCCACAACCACGGGCGGCUCAACGUCCACGUCGCCGCCGCCUACUGUGGACUCUGUCGGAGGCGGCGGUUGUCUGAACAACAACCGCGACUGUGACUGCGACAAAAGCGACGAACCCGUGCCGUGAGUGCAGGUGAGUUGGACAUAUCCGAAAACAAAAAACUAAAAAACUCCUGAGCGAUCUGACGGGAAGGACUGAUUUACUGAACUGUCGAGCAGUUUAUUUUGACAGAGAAGGCAGCUGGGCAGCUGGCCGGAUUGUGCUAGCCGCGAAGCGCCUGGAAGGAACACAUACAAUCCACAAUUGUAUUACUAUACGAUAGUCAAAAAGUUAUUCUUUUUUUUUUGUUAUGCUUUUUUGGUACGCAGAAUCGCGGAGAGGGAGAGAGAGUGAGAGGAAGCGCUGAAUUAUUUCCUCCACAGUUUUGUUCCCCGAGUAAGAUGAACAAAGUGCAUGUUUGAAUAAAUAAUCUUUAAUACAAAAA